AUGAACAGAGAAUAUAAAUUCAUGCAAACAUUUAGUUUAAGUUCUGAAUGGACAAAGGAAGAAAAUGAGGCAUAUGAGAAGGCUUUAGCAUCACUUGAAUCAGAGCUACAUUUAACCAAUGAUGAAGAUUUGGAGAAAAUAUUAAGGCAAAUCCCAGGCAAAAAAACAUUAGCAGAGUUAAAAGAACAUCGCCAAAAAUUAGUUGAUGAUAUUGCAAAUAUCGUAUCGGGAAAAGUUCCUUUACCAUCCUAUAUGGAUGAUAAAAAGAUGAAGAUGAAGAUGAAGAUGAAGAAGAAAAAACCGAAGCCAAAAAUGGAUUCGGAGUGGCAUUGCAGUAAAGGGGAGCCUUGGACCGUGCUAGAACACAAACUAUUCCUUGCAGGACUAGAAAAGUUCGGAAAAGGUUCAUGGAAAAGCAUUUCGAGGCUUCUUAAAACAAGGUCGUCGAGUCAGGUUGCUAGUCAUGCUCAGAAGUACUUUGCGAGGUUAAAGAGAGAGGAAGAGAAGAAAAAGAUCUUGGUAUUGGUGAUAAAGAUGUGA